GCACAGCGCCCACAGCCCCCAACGCUGUUGCUGCAAAGCGCGCAGUGGAGGUCGCGAAGGAUGCAGCCAAUGCGGAGUACAACAAGCAAAAGUACGACCGUGCUGUUGAAGGCUACACAAAAGCAGCAGCUUCUGAUCCCUGCUUGGUGGAUGUGGCUGCCAUCUUCAGCAAUCUCGCUCACUGCAGGCUUUGUUUGGGCCAGCCCCACUGUGCUAUUGCUGCAGCCAUCUCCUGCCUCCGACUGAGACCAUCCUGGGCGGUAGCUGUCAAGGCUGCACAUCGCCUGGCUGCAGCUCUUGCCUGCACAGGCGAGCACGAGGCAGCCGAUCAAGUGAUCCAGAGGUUUGACGGCGCAGCUACCGAUGACGUCCCAGAGAACGUCCGGAAGCAGUGCAUGGACGUGCUUGGCAAGCUGGAUCGCCACGUGAUGGCGCUCAAGGAGCUCCGGGCUGAAAAUGGCCCGGGCCUCUGGGAAGCGCACGCGGACGCCUCCCUUGCUGGGAGCGAGUGGUGCUCAGCUGGCGCUCUGGAAGUGAAGGGCAGCCAUCUGCGUACAGUAAGUCACUGCCCUCAGGGCAGCUUGCUUUUGCUAAUGAGGCCUCUUGGUGGACUUGUAAAGGGUACACAUGGUUGGAGCGUGAGGGAGGCAAGCAAAGACCACAUCUGCUCUGACGGGGUCGGCCUGCCUGAAAGGCUGUCCCACAUUUGCAAUACCGACAUUGCAGCCAAAGAAGUUGCGCUUUUAAUGGCAGGAGCACUAGACCGGGUCCAGCAUCCCCAAGCGCUCCUACUCUGCAGUCCAAGAGUUCAGUUACUCCCUCUUCUUGGUCAGCGACUGGAGUCAUUUUUCCGCGCGUUCGGAACGUUGGGGCCGAGUCUGGUGGAUGGCAUCGUGGAGGAUCACCGCAUCAAGCUGCGUCCGUCAA